CAAUUGAGGACUAUUUCUAGAGGAUUUGAGCAACCGGUGAAGGGAUAUGGAUAUGUUGUUAAGGGCUGUGCUGUGUGUCUGCCUGCUGGACACGAUGACUUCAGGAUGGGGCUGUGAGGCCCAGCACACAUCAGACAACAUGAAGACACACAUAGAGAGGCUACGGAACCACUUUAAGAUCUCCAAGGACCAACUGUACAAUGGACACCCUGUUUUCGCCAAGGAAACCUUUCAGAACAAGUAUGAGGACAAUGAGCGGCGAGUGUUGAUGAGUGUGGUUCUGGAGGUAUACCUCAGUCUCUUCACCCAUAUGCUGAACCAGACAGCAGACCAGGAACCGAAGGAUAGCCUGAUAUAUGUCCAGAAAAAGGUUCAGGACCUCCAAAAGCACUACUUCCUGGGGAAUAUACCUGAGCUCAAAAGACUAAUGCAGGAUCUGUGGGCCAUCAAGACGAGUGACAGCUUAAUUCAAGGGAAGGCCCUCUCCCAGUUGAGGACCAUGUACGAGGAGGCCUCCAAACUGGCCAAUCACAUCUACCUGAGAAAGUCCAACCGCAGGAAGCGACGGCAGGCCCUGAGGCACCAAGCUAUGGCGGGCUGAUUCACCAUGCUGAUCCCGGAUCUGUGUGCAACCAGAC